AUGGGUUCAGUAACAACUGAAAGUGUUGAUAUAGAUAAAAAAUUAAAUGAUACUUCUAAUGCUAUAGAUUUACUUGAUGAACAAUUUCCAAAAAUUCUAUAUGAUUCUGAACUAAAUAUUUGGAUAAAACCAAUUAAAACAAAUGAAUUAAAUACCGAAGAAACAUAUGAACGUCCAACAACCAAUACAUUACAAUCUCUCGGCAAUCAACUAGAUCCUCAAACAAUAUAUUAUCUAGCUAAUAUAUUACAAUAUGACAAAAAAAUCACGAAGAUAAGACUUGGAAAUAGUGCCAUCAGCGAUAUAGGGACGCAAUAUCUAGCUAAUGUAUUACAACAUAAUACAACGCUCGUCACAUUUGAUAUUCGAUACAACAAAAUUGGUCCUGCAGGGGCACAAUAUCUGGCGAAUGCAUUGCUGUAUAAUACAACACUCACUGUGCUACAUCUUGGAUACAACGAAAUCAGUGAUGAAGGGACACAAUAUCUAGCAAAUGCAUUACAUCAGAAUACAACACUUGCUGCUCUACAUCUUUGGGGAAACAAAAUCAGCAAUGCAGGAGCACGAGAUCUAGCAAAUGCAUUAAAAUAUAAUAGAACACUAAUCAAACUUGAUCUUAGAUACAAUCAAAUUGGCCGUGCAAGAGCACGAUAUCUGGCGCAUGCAUUGCAGUAUAAUACAGUAGGAUUAGCUCUUAGCUCAUUUAUUUCAUAUAUAUCUUAUCAUUUAAUACAGACACUCACAAUGCUAAGUCUUGAACAGAAUUCAAUCGAUUUUCAAGCAAGAUAA